AUGAGUAGCUCCCCUGAUACAGCUGUUGCAGUCAGAGACAGCCGCGAUGGCAGUGGCUUUGCCGGUACCCCGACCAACGACAUUUCCAUUGCCGGAGAAGCCGCCACAAGGGCCGAAUUUGAUACUUUUGCUGCUGCCGAGUAUGAACAAGAUCUCCCACAGCAAGCACCGGAUCUGGACGACGAGUUGGAGUUCUCAACCGAGGAGUCGGUACCUCUGGCCGAUUGA